UCCGCGCCGCCUGAAGAGUUGUUUGAGGCUUUCGCGGGUGGCGUAGCAUUUUGCCGUGUGCACGCUUGUUAGUUUUGGGGCAGCUUUUGUAAUCAUGGCCAGGUACUUGCGGCCUCCAAAUACGUCUCUUUUCAUCAGGAACAUCUCGGACGAGGUAAGGCCGGAGGAUUUGCGUCGUGAGUUUGGUCGUUACGGACCAAUAGUAGAUGUCUACAUUCCAGUUGACUUCUAUACUCGCCGAGCAAGAGGAUUUGCGUACAUUCAGUUUGAAGAUGUGCGUGACGCCGAGGAUGCCCUUCACAACCUGGACAGGAAGUGGGUCUGCGGCCGGCAGAUCGAGAUCCAGUUCGCCCAGGGAGAUAGAAAGACGCCCAAUCAGAUGAAGAUGAAGGAGAGGCACUCGCCGCGCAGCUUCUCCCGCUAUGACGAUUACGACCGGGAUGGCCGCCGCCGGCGCUCCCGCAGCCGCAGUUACGAGAGGCGCCGGUCUCGCAGCCCUUCCUACGAACGCCGGCCACGGCGCUCCGAGAGCCCCAGAGAGCCCCGAGGGAGGCCAUACGGGAGACAGAGACGCAGCAGGAGCCGAGACAAUGACAGGCACAGACCCCCCCAGCGGGAGCACCACAGGCCACACCCCGACCCCCCCUCCCACAGCCGCUCCAACUCCCCGUCGCCAUCCCACUCAAGAUCACGUCCCUCAGGCAAGAAGGAGUCCCGGGCACUGUCCCGCUCGCCCUCAAAGUCCCUGAGCCCGCCCGCUGAAGACUUCCACCUUGCCUCCAACUCCCGCGAGUCGCACGACUCGCACCUUCGCUCGCCCUCCCGGUCACGAUCGCGGUCCCUCUCUCGCUCCCGCUCCCGCUCAAGAUCCUGGGCAGGGCGCAAGUCGGGGGGACACUAACCUCCUGAAGCCACGUUUUGUUUCCAGGCGUCUGCUGCUCUGUGUUCACUCUUUGGUUUUGCAGAGGAGAUCGUUAUGUUAAGUGUUCUGUAGUUUCACAGACAAGUUGGAGGGAAGUCGGUCUGGAUUGCUCCUAGGUUAAGGCCAUGGCUGUGCUGGGUUUGUAAAUUUAGGCAGAGUUUUGGUGAAUUUGUUUUAUAACGUGCGAGGAUGGGGAAAGUGGGUAUAAAUUCUUACUGUAAAAUGACCCGGUAUGGCCGAACGGCAGCAUCUUUUUUUUUUUUUUCUUUUCCUUU